AUGUUUAUCUAUCUAUCUAUCUAUCUAUCUAUCUAUCUAUCUAUCUAUGUUUAUGUAUAUAUGUAUGUAUGUGCGUAUCUAUUUGAGUAUGUUUAUCUAUGUGAAUAUGUUUAUCUAUCUGUCCAUCUCCGUUUGUUCAUUAUCUAUCUAUCUAUCUAUCUAUCUAUCUAUGUUUAUGUAUAUAUGUAUGUAUGUGUGAAACUAUCUAUCUGCUUAUCCAUCUCCAUCUAUCUAUCCAUCUAUCUAUCUAUCUAUAAUUAUCUAUCUAUCAUCUAUCCAUAUCUAUCUAUCUAUCUAUCUAUCUAUGAAUAUGUCUCAUCUAUCUAUCUAUCUAUCUAUCUAUCUAUCUAUCAUUUUAUCAUCUAUGAAUCUGUCUUCAUCUAUCUAUCUAUCUAUCUAUCUAUCUAUCUAUCAUCUAUCUAUCUAUCUAUUCAUAUGUCUUUAUCUAUCUAUCUAUCUAUCUAUCUAUCUAUCUAUCUAUCUAUCUAUCUAUCUAUGUCUAUUAUCUAUUAUCUAUAUAUCAUCUAUCUAUCUAUCUAUCUAUCUAUCUAUUCAUCUAUCUAUCUAUCUAUCUAUCUAUCUAUCUAUCUAUCUAUCUAUGAAGUCUAUCUAUCUAUCUAUCUAUCUAUCUAUCUAUCUAUCUAUCUAUCUAUGAAUCUGUUCUAUAUCUAUUUACAUCUAUCUAUCUAUCUAUCUAUCUAUCUAUCUAUUUCUUUCUCUUACCAGUUUUAUCUUUUAAUACAUCCAUCCAUUCAUGAAAUGAUUUUUUUAUCUAUCAUUUUUUGUUUGCCUCCCCAUUAUCUUUCUAUCCAUUGUUCUCCUUUUUCGUCUUCAUCUGAUAUUGCGUGUAUUGUUUUCGAUCUAUCUAUUGUGUUGGGGUGA